AUGACACUCCAAGACCAGCUCUCGGCGCUGGACGUCGGCACGAGCGGGACCUCUUACCCCCCAAACGCCAAACCAAAGCCAGGCAGGGAGAUUGUCCACCCAAAGUUUCAGCCGGCAUACCUGCCGCGCAACACGCCCACGCCGCUCUCGGCGCCAGGUUGGGUCGUCCCUCUCUCCGCGCCGGCCUACUUCCCCCUCGACCUGUUUCACCUCGUUCUCCAAGAGCAAUCGCUACACCCCGAGCAGAACUCGAGCCUGAUUCUGCGCGCCCAGAAACUCCCCGGCAUCCCCGAGACAGAUGCGAUCGACGACGCCUUGGCCGCCCACAUCGGAGUCAACCCUGCUCCCAUCGAGAGAAUACGUGUUCGGUUCGUUCCGCGGCAGGCGCGACGCGACACCAGACUCUGCCAGCGCAAUGCGGCAUACUCGUCCGACGACGGGAGACUGGGCCUCGUCCUCAAGACGCCAGAGGUGUCGAGUGCCGCCGAGAUGCCAUACUACCACCCUCCAGUGCGGCAGCUCGCGUUCUUGUGGGAGGCCGACGAGAGCAUCGAGCCUCCAGAAGGCGAUGAGCCGCGGGUAUACGGCCGCAUCUACAUUGGGUACCUCCCUUUCGAGGAUUCACCGACACCGGCAGGUGACGUCCUCGGUCCUCCCCCCAAGCCACGGCUGAGGCGCUCGCCCCUUGCCGGCCCCCUGUCCCCGUCCGCCACGGACGCUGUACCUCCCCCGGCUACCGUGCUCGAGGACGAUUCGCCCGAAGCGCGCGCAGAGGCGCGCGUGCAGGCCGAGAACCGCUUGCAGCGCACCUGCUUGCACUUGCUCGAAAAGCUGCACAAGCACGGGCACGGCAGCGCGUAUGGCUAUGUCAAGCGCGUGCACCACGACGUGGUCGUGUCGCGCGAGCCGUUCCAAGACCUCUACCAGGCGCUCAAAGAGAGGCACAAGCAGCUCGACAGCCGCGUGCCCCAGCCGUGGAGCACCAAGGUCGAGGACGUCAAGCGACAUGUGUGGAAGGUGAGUGGGGCUCGCUCACCCGACGAUCGGCUGUUGCCGCACAACAUUGCUGCUUGGGGACAACAGGACAUUGCCAUUGCCGCCUUUCUUAUGCUCCUCUGGCGCGACAUGUAUCCGGCCCGCGAAGGGAGCGAGACGGGCAUGGAGUGGGACAAGUGGGGCCGACCGCCUGGCGGGUUUGUCGACCUCGGAUGUGGCAAUGGGCUUCUGGUCCACAUUCUUGUCUCUGAAGGAUAUUCUGGAAAAGGGUACGAGUUGCGACAGCGGCGCACCUGGCCGCAGUACCCCGAGGCGACGCAGCGUGCGCUCGUCGAGCUUGGCAUCGACAUGCCGUCCUUGUUCCCGGCCACGAUGGAAGAGUGGGAUGUGGGGGUCUGGCGAGGGCGAGACCGGAAGGGGGCGAGCGUGGGCGUGAGCGAGCACGUGAUUCCGGAUGAGUCGUUCCUUCUCGGCAACCAUGCGGACGAGUUGACACCAUGGAUCCCCCUCCUCUCACUCUUGCCCGCCAAGCCGGUGCCCUUCCUCUCGCUCCCGUGCUGCCUGCACACGCUGGACGGCAAGUUCACAUCCCACGAGUACAAGGCGCCGCCGCAUGCGCACACGCCCGAAGGCGGGUUCGAGGACGGCCUCGAGGCCGGGGCGAGCCGGUACAAGGCGUACGUCAUGUGGCUGGGGUGGUGGGGCUUGCAGUGCGGGUGGAAGUGGGAGAAGGAGAGCCUGCGGAUUCCGAGCACGCGUGGGUGGGCGAUUGUGGCGCGUGCUCGGUGGACCACGGAUGCGGGGGAGGACCGUGCGUGUCGCCAGUGGGCCCUGGACGAGGUCAACGGUGUGCGGGCGCGGGGAGAGUUCAAGGUGCGGGUCAAGGAGGGCACGGAGCACUAG